AUGGACAACAGUAUGAUCGAACGUUUACUGACUACUGUCGACCUGAUCAACACCAAUCUCGAUACAUCACCUGAUUCGUGGCAAGACCAAUUGCCAGCCAUUCAAAACAUUACUGCCUCCUUCGAGAUAAACGAUACAACUCCCGACGAAGCACGCCGGCAUUGGCAGGUACCUCUCAUCAGCGUCUUUCAGCGUGUGGCUUUUGUCGAUGCUGAUCAUGGUGCUGUCAAAGACUUAGCAGACUGUAAUUGGCCGCAACUGGUUACUGCGAGCGCAGAGGGCUUUGUCAAGCAUCUCUCGGGCGGAGAGGGCAUCUUUGAGCAGCGAAACAAGCAACACUGGAUCGGCAACGAGGGCUUCGGUUAA